AUGGAUACAGAAAUCGACUGGAAUGCAUACAUGCAAGAAGCGGAGGGAUUUUUAAAUGGCAGUCGCGAUUAUUCGGUUCUGAAAGAGCUGCAUUUGGUUUCGUACAAAGCCAAAACGUACCCUGCAGGCCACGAAUAUGUUUUUUCAGCCUUUUACUUCGUGACGGAUCGUGGCCGAAACCUACGUUUUGGUCAGUACAUCUUCGCUGCCCUCUAUUUGCUAACUUUGGCUAUCGUAUUCCGGAUCUAUGACAAAUGUCGAGCCGUUCCUCCGUAUGUUCUGAUUUUCAUGUGCUGCACAUCAUACCGCAUACAUUCGAUUUACGUUCUGCGUAUGUUCAAUGAUCCAGUCGCUAUGGCCCUACUUUACGCAUCUGUUUUACUGUUCCUUAAGCAGCGAUGGACGUACGGCUGCAUUCUUUACAGCCUUGCCGUUUCAGUGAAGAUGAACGUUUUGCUGUUUGCUCCGGCUCUUUUUGUUCUUUUGCUCGUUUCCGUCGGAUAUUGCCGCACAUUCAUUAACAUCUGCUGCUGUGCAUUUGUGCAGCUUUUACUCGGGCUACCGUUCCUGCUUACAAAUCCAGUAAGCUAUGUAACGCGGGCAUUCAACUUUGGGCGCGUUUUCAUGCAUAAGUGGACCGUGAAUUGGCGGUUUUUACCAGAGGAGGCUUUCGUUAACAGCUGGUUUCACAUGAUACUUCUUGCAAUGCAUGGCUCGUUUUUGCUGUGGUUUGCAGCAACCAAAUGGUUGAGGUAUGUAAGGGUUUGUUUGUGCCCUAUCUUUCGUUGUAAUCUUUCCUUACAUUUCGCUGUUAUUCACUACUUCUUUACUUUUCAAGAAAUACUCUUCGCAAUGUUUACGUCGAAUUUCAUCGGAAUCGCGUUCAGCAGAACGUUGCAUUACCAGUUUUAUGUUUGGUAUUACCACACGUUACCGUUUCUUUUCUGGAAGACGUCAUACUCUUCAGUUGUCAGGUAUAAAGAGUUUGAAGCAACCUUAGUUGUAAUAUGCUACAAGAUCGUACCAGUUCAUCAAGAAGUGAAGCACCCUUUCUCGCCUAGACUUCCCAUAGUUUAA